GCAACGAUGAAGAGGAGGGGGGGGAGUCAGCGAGUGAAACCAGGCUUUUUCUGGCGAUAUUAGCUAAACAGUAACUCUAGCCCCCGGGCGCAAACCAUAAUACAAACAAAAUAAGAUUUCUAAUGUUUCUAAAGAAGAAUAAUAGACUUAAAGGGGUUUUAGUCGUCAGCUGUUCCGUUUGUAAGUUUUUUUCUCCCCCCCCUUUUCAAACUCCGAGGCUCCAUCUUGCCUUUUGAUUGACCGCAACAUAUAGUUUUUUUUUCUGGGUGCUGAAUUUUUCCCCCUGCUGGAAAGAAAUAAGGCAACAGUGGAAGGCUGGGAAAGAAAAAGGCACGGCGGAAAAUAAAAAAAAAAAAAGCGGUGGAAGAGAAAGUAUCAUAACAGGAGCUUCGCGGAAAAAAGUGUGGGGGACAGGUUGGAAAAACAGCAAGAAGAAACUGAGCAAGUGGGGAAGGAGACUUGCCAUAUAAUUUUCUUUUUUGGAGUCCGUUCAUUUUAUUGACAGCGAGCUUCACGUUAAAAAGGGGGAGCCACCAUGACAUCAGAAAUGCAGGAAAUUGCCAUCACAGAGGACAAGCCUUUACUCACGGGUCAGGCUGAUGCUGCCAAGGAUGUUGCUGAACUGGCUGCAAGGAUACUCCUAGAUCAAGGACAGGAGCACAGCGUUGAGACCCCGCACGGCAUCCUACGCGUGACCCUCCACGGGACGCGGACCACCCGCCGGCCCGCCAUCCUGACCUGCCAUGACGUGGGUCUGGACAGUAAGAGCUGCUUCUCUCCUCUGUUUAAAUUCGACGAGAUGCAGGAGAUCGUCAAGAACUUCACCCUGAUUCACAUCGACGCUCCGGGCCAAGAGGAGGGGGCCUCUGCCUACCCUCCGGGCUACCAGUACCCCUCCAUGGAGACCGUCGCCGAGAUGAUCCCUGCUGUGCUGCAGUUUUUCAACUUCCGUACCGUCAUUGGAGUGGGGGUGGGAGCGGGAGCGUACAUCCUCUCCAAGUUCACACUCACUAACCCAGAUUCAGUAGAGGGCCUGGUUCUGGUUAACAUCGACACUAACGCUAAAGGAUGGAUGGACUGGGCCGCUCACAAGCUCAGUUCUGUGACUUCCUCCCUCACAGAGCAGAUCCUAUGUCACCUUUUCAGUCAGGAGGAACUUUCAGCAAACACAGACUUGGUGCAGUCUCACAGAGAGCGGAUCUCCAAAGCUCCUAAUCUGGCCAACAUCGAGCUCUUCUGGAAGACGUACAACAGCCGCAGAGAUCUGAACCUGGACCGCAACUAUACCUUCAAGUGUCCAGUGAUGUUAGUAGUUGGGGAUCAAGCUCCAUACGAAGAUGCCGCUGUGGAGUGCAACAGCAAGCUGGACCCCACAUCAACUUCCUUCCUGAAGAUGGCCGACGCAGGCGGCCUCCCUCAGCUCACUCAGCCCGCUAAACUCACCGAGGCUUUCAAAUAUUUCAUCCAAGGAAUGGGUUAUAUGGCUUCCUCUUGCAUGACCCGCCUGUCCCGCUCCCGCACCACCUCGCUCUCCUCCUCCUACUCCAUGGACGGGUCCCGCUCUCGCUCGCGCACCCUGUCCCAGGGCUCGCAGGGGGGCCAGAUGCCGCCCAGCCCCUCCCAAACCAUGGAGGUCUCCUGCUGAAGAAGACUCCGCCCCCCUUCCACCACCUCACGACGGCAAGAGCGGAGAGCGACAAAGGAAAGAAGGGAAAGAGGCGAAGCGUGAGCGCAAAGAAAACGAGACGAACGAACGGCUUCCUCGAUCGGUCAAAACACGACUCCCACCAUCCCCUCCCCCCAAAAGCAGACAGAGAGAGAGAGAGAGAGAGAGAGAGAGAGGGUCUGUCCUCCAUGUUGGUCCAGCACAGAUGCAGUCUUUCAGCUAGAAUAGAUUAAAAGGAACCAGGAAGGAGCUGCAGAACAGGAAGCAGUCCUCUCUCCCUCUGUCAGCCUGUAGACCCCUUUAACCUAGAUCCAGAGUGUGGCAUGUAGAAGCUGCACUCAUCACUUUAACCCGUAGAAACACGUCAGGAAGCAGAACUGAUGAUGAUGAUGAUGCUGAAGCUAAUGAUGAUGUAAUAGGAAAAAAACUGCAACACUUUUCUCUUUAUUACAUGAUUUUAAUAUAAUAUAGAAUAAAAAAAAACAUACUAUAGCAGAGAUACUUACUACAAUGUGUGUGUCCACUACUUUUACUGCUAGUUUCUAAUGUGUUUUUUUUUUUUUUUCUGAUUUGUAACCCGUCUCAACUAAUGGCUGAAGCAGUCAGCAAGAGCCAUUCUAGCAACUACAUGUGCAUCUCAAAAAAAAAAACAACAAAAAAAGUUUAACAUAAUUAAAAACUUGAUUUAUUUCGGUUUUGUUCAAAAACUGAAACUCGCGUAUUAUAUGUAUUCAGUUUCAGUGAUGUAUUUCAAGCCCUUAAUUCUGUUGGUGUUGAUGAUUGUGGCUUACAGUUGAUGAAAACACAAAAUUCUAUUUCUUAGAAAAUAAAAGCUUUACACAAGACCAAUGAAAUAAAGAUUUUUUUAAAUAUAGAUGAAUAUUAGCUCAGUGUUCUGUAUGUACUGUUUUACAAAAUGAGCUUUUCUUUAAAGUCCUCUCACUGCUGCACAGUGAGAGGACUUUCCACACAAAGUCCCACACAACGUGUGGGACUUUCUUUCCACACAACGUUCCAUCAAUUUGCAUAGACACUACACUUUAUUAUUAUUUUUUUUUUUUAGGAAAUACCUCUUUAUUGAUAUCUCUGCGAAAACCUGGGCAGCCAUCAUGUCAGCAACUGUCCACCUGAUUGGGUCUUUUUUCAUCGAUGGGUAAAAUCCAACAAUUCUGUAUUCAAUAUUGAUUUUUAUUGAUCUUGUGUUCAAGUUUUCUGAGGAACAUAAUUUUGGGGUUUUCAUUGGCUGUAGGCCUUAAUCAACAGAAAUUAAGAUUUGAAAUAUAUUACUAUGUAUGUAAUGGAGUCUGUAUGAUUAGUUUCAGUUUUUGAAUUGAAUAACAGAAAUAAAUGAACUUUUUAAUGGUUUCCAGAUUUUUUUUUUUUUUUUGUUGAGAUAAACAUGUUUUUCCCUCCUUGGUGUUGCCAGGGUUUUUGGGUUUUUUUGUCUUCCACUCGUCCCGUCCUCAACGUUUUACUUUAUCUUUUUAAAUUUUUUUUUUUAUAUUGGGUGUAAAGAGGUUGAAAGUUGUAAUUUUUUAUUUAUUCUCCUGAAUCUGCAUGCCUGGUCUCACCCCACGUGAAUACUGCCUGGAUAUUUUUCUUUCAUAUUCUGCUAAUAACGUGUGUUUGCUUGUUUGUGUCGUUUUGAGUUUUGGAGCGACAGUCUGAAGGACCGGGCGGGUUGUUGUCUGCUCCAGCGAAAGCUUUGCUGUCGUCAACUCGAGUCGCACAUUUCUAAACUAGUGCUUCCAACCUUUCUGGCCGCGUGUCGAACCACCCGUGACGUCUGCCGAGGCCAGAAGGGACCACUGUGUUCACCGUGUGGGUUGUGGUUCUUGUUUCUCUCUCGCGCUCUUUUUUUUUUCUUUCUUAUCCUCCGUUCCAGUUUUAUUCGGGAACUAAAGAAUUACGAGUUCCCAGUAGGAAAAAUCAACUGGACCGCCCUCCGUAAACCCCACGGGAAACUGGAAGAAAGUCCGUCACGACUUGUAAGGUGGACUCAAUAUGGCGGCUCCUCCAAUCAACAAUGGAAACGUUCAUUUUUAGGAAACACACAGGUAAGACUGCGUCACCGCUUAGAGAUGCGCGUGCGACUCUAAACUGAGUGGUGAACAAAUUAAAAAUGGCGUUUGAUUGUAGAGCGUAAAACUUAAAUUGAUGUUUGUAGCUAAUGCAAACGAUGUUUACGGGCGUCGCCAUCUUGAAAUUCCAACUUCCUAACUCGAACGCCGUUAGCUCGGGUCUGACGUCAAAACCCAACACCGAGUUUCAACUUCGCAGGUAACCUGAACGCAGCAUUACGUUGCCUGUGCGUGGAUACCUCGACAUAGAAGCAACCGGCUUACUUGAGGCGGGAUAAAAAUCCCACUCCUCAGUAAUGGAAGCAGCUUUUAUUGAAGUUGGGCAGUUGCUUGUUUGUUUGUCGCGCGGAAGUAGAUGGGAAGUGUUAGCUUCCGGUUUGCAGAUUUAACUUAGUUGAGUAGGAGGACGAAAAUGGAAAACAGGAGGAUGCUUUUUUUCUUCUUUUUUUUAAAUGGAAAAAAAACCCCUCAGUGAAACAGCCCCCCACUGCCAAAACAAGCGAAAUAAAAACCGCCUGAACCUUGAAUUGUCCUGUUACAGCCAGGAAGUAACAGCGAACUGCCAAAUUUCAGCGCCUCGUUUAUCUGGUGACUCGGAUCUCCCUCUAAACGUUAAUAUUUCAACACAAAGCUGUUCACUGCCCCGUGACAUGUUGCCAACGGCCUGACUAUAUUUCUAAAAAAGAAAAAAAAGAGCUUAUAUGUGGAUGCAGCCAUGAACGUUUUCACAUUUUUAAACCAUAAGAUUUCAAUGAGUUGGGUGGAGACGGCCUGUUUCGUGUUUGUGUGAUCCGGUUCUACUUAUCCAAAGCUUUUUUAAAAAGGAGGCCGAGCCGUGAUGGGUGAGCAUGACGGGGGAAGUCCGUGGAAAGCUUUAAGAUGGAGGUUAUAAUGGCAGGAAAAAAUGUAACAUGGAUUCAGGGUGUUGUUGGUUUUGAGGCAGGUUCCGAUUUCAGUCAGACACGGAGGAAAAAGUCCAGCGGUACUUCUUUCUUUCUAAAGAGUUGAGCAGGGAUGUGUGAUUGUAAAUGCUUGUCCAUGUUGUCUUCUGUCUGACUCUUAAUUUUUAUUUCAACCUGUUUUUUUCCUCUUCUACAUCUCUUUUCUUUAUAUCCGUGUGAAGUGUUAGUUUAUUGUCCCGACGUGCUCACAAGUUAGUUAACCGUGUGCUAGUUCUUGUGUAACUUUUUUAGCAUUAGCGCUUAUAAGGGAGAGUAAUAUAAUUAACAAUUAAAAGAUCGAAAGUAAAAAACAAAACAUAAGCUGACAUUUACUUGUGUGACUCAUUUCCCUGUGUAAUACGAUGAACAUCCUUAAAAAGCAAACUUAAAUAUCAAUAAAAGCUUAAAGAGGAA